CAUCGUAUUCCCGGAAUUAAUAACAAGUCGUACGUGUGCACAUGAUUUACUCCGAAUUCAUAAAAAAUUCAUACCGGAAAAACAGCACAACCCUUAUAUUGCGUCGAAUUUCGUUUAAUUCUUUGUAAGCAGCUUCACACCCAGCCAGAGCCAGUGAUUCAAAGAGCACAUUUAGGGAAAUUGAAUUGGUGGAUUGCAAAUGAAAUCGCCGAGCAAGAAUCAUAAGAUUUCUACCAACACAAUUUUAAUUGUGUCGAUAGUAUGUAUUAAUAUGGCAGCGUCGCAGGCAACAUGUGCUUUGCCAUCAAACUGGUACAGUUCUUUUCAAACCCUCGUUUCAGGAACGUCUUGUGAUGCAAUGACGAAGAAAUUUGUGUAUGCUUUCUCGCAUUGUAAGCAAUGCAUGUACUUAAAUUACGAGGGUCGCAAAACAAUCGGAGUAGGAUUCAACCUCGAACAACCGAACGCGGAGAAAAUUCUAGCACAAGUUGGGGCAAACUACAUACAGAUUGUCGACGGCAAAUCAACAUCAUUGCACACCAAAUGUGAUUGUGACCAUGUGACGUGUCUCGACCAGAGCCAAAUAGAGAGUAUUUUCGAAAUAUCCAUUAUUGAAGCAACUGGUACUGCUAAAAGCGUUCUAUCGUCGUUACCAGACUCACCAAACUCGUGUUGUCAGUUACGUGCGGCAGUUGUGUUCGUUGCCUUCUCUCUGGGUGAGACAUUUCCAACGUAUACGCAAUUUAUUUACUGGUUAGAGCAUCAAAAUUGGCAAGCAGCAAGUACCUAUCUAUACUUUUCUACAUGGUGUAAAAUGGAUUCAGAUUCCUGCAAAGAUAUUGCAGAUAUCAUCAAAUACACAAGUUGCCCCUGUUCUGGACAAUUUCCGAAUGGUUUUGGUUGUUCAGGGCUACAGACGUGUUGUAAAAACGGUCAAAGUUGUUGCAAUGGUUCAUUAGUAAUUGGCAAAAUACCAAGACAGCAAAAUCUAUGUUGCAAUCACCUGAACGCAAACUGCUGUGAGCAAAACUUUUGCUGCCCUUCGGAUUACCAUGGAUGCUGCCCUCCCAACUAUUGCUGCGGUGCAGGUAGUUAUUGCUCAAAUAAAAUAUGUGUCAGUACAACAGGAGGAGAACCUGAUCAAAUACCCAUUUCUCAACUAAUCGUCCCGAAAGAUAACGAGUCAUAAGUGAUUAUUUAUUGACUUUCCAAAUUGCUAGACAGACGUUUUUACAUACGACAUAGAGACAUGUGAUCUUUUAAGAAUCAAUAUGUAAUGGUAAAGUUACUUUUUCCCCCACUUUUUUCACGGAAUCUGAUUUAGUACUAAACGGAGUCUCUGAAAGGUGUGUAAAACCUAGAAAAUUAUAUAAUCAUAAAUCACCAAUCAUGUACAAGAUGAUGUAGUAGAAUAUAAUGUUCCAAAUAUCUUCAAA